UAAGCACCCCCGGACCCACAGCUCAGGGGAGACAGCCUGCAGGGCUCAGGAGGGGGGACGAGCAUGGAGCGGCUUUGGGGUCUACUCCGGAGGAGAGCGCAAAGGUUGUCCUCACGACCCUCUCAGACCAUCUACAAGCGAGUGGAGGGCACCCAGCAGGGGCGCCUGGAGGAGGAAGAGGAAGACAGGGAGGAGGGGGUGGAGCCAUCAGCCCACUUCUGCCCCAUGGAGCUGAGAGGCCCCGAGCCCCUGGGCUCUCGACCAGCUCGGCAAAACCUCGGAUUCUGGGCAGUAGCAGGACGAAGAGCCGCCCCCUACCUGGUCCUGAUAGCCCUUCUGAUCUUCACUGGGGCCUUCCUCCUGGGCUACGUGGCCUUCCGAGGGUCCUGCCAGGCAUGCGGGGACGACGUGUUGGUGGUCAGUGAGGACUUGAACCAUGAGCUGGGAGCGGACUCCCACCAGGGCACAUUGUACUGGAGUGACCUCCAGGCCAUGUUCCUGCAGCUCCUGGGGGAGGGGCAUCUGGAGGACAUCAUCAGGCAAACUAGCCUUCGGCAAAGGAUGGCUGGUUCUGCUGGGAUGGCAGCUUUGGCUCAGGACAUCCGCGAGGCACUCUUGCACCAGCAGCUGGACCACGUGUGGAUGGACACGCACUACGUGGGGCUGCAGUUCCCGGACCCUGAUCACCCCAAUACCCUGCACUGGGUCAAUGCUUCCGGGAGGCCCGAGGAGCAGCUGCCGCUGGAGGACCCUGACGUCUACUGCCCCUACAGCGCCACUGGCAACGCCACGGGAGAGCUGGUGUACGCCCACUACGGGCGGUCCGAGGACCUGCAGGACCUGCGGGCCCGGGGCGUGGAGCCAACGGGGCGCCUCCUGCUGGUGCGCUUGGGAAUGAUCAAUUUUGCCCAGAAGGUGGCCAGUGCCCAGGAUUUUGGGGCCCGAGGAGUGCUCAUAUACCCGGACCCAGCAGACUUCUCCCAGGGCCCACACAAGAUCAGCCUGUCCAGCCACCGGGCUGUGUAUGGACAUGUGCAUCUGGGAACGGGGGACCCCUACACACCUGGCUUCCCUUCCUUCAAUCAAACCCAGUUCCCUCCAGUCCAGUCCUCAGGCCUCCCUAGCAUCCCAGCCCAGCCCAUCAGUGCGGACAUUGCCUCCCUUCUACUGAGGAAGCUUGAAGGCCCUGUGGCCCCCCAAGAAUGGCAGGGGCACCUCCCAGUCUCCCCUUAUCGUCUGGGCCCUGGGCCGGGCCUGCACCUGGGGGUCAACAACCACAGGGCCUCCACCCCCAUCAGCAACAUCUUUGGCUGCAUCGAGGGCCGCUCAGAGCCAGAUCACUACGUUGUCAUCGGGGCCCAGAGGGACGCAUGGGGCCCAGGAGCAGCCAAGUCCGCCGUGGGGACCGCCAUACUGCUGGAGCUGGUGCGGACCUUUUCCUCCAUGGUGAGCAAUGGCUUCCGGCCCCGCAGAAGUCUUCUCUUCAUCAGCUGGGAUGGUGGUGACUUUGGGAGUGUGGGGUCCACAGAGUGGCUGGAGGGCUACCUCAGUGUGCUGCACCUCAAAGCCGUAGUCUAUGUGAGCCUGGACAAUGCAGUGCUGGGGGAUGACAAGUUCCAUGCCAAGACCAGCCCCCUUCUGAUUAGCCUCAUUGAGAACAUCCUGAAGCAGGUGGACUCUCCUAACCGCAGUGGGCAGACCCUCUAUGAGCAGGUGGUGUUCAACAAUCACAGCUGGGAAGCUGAGGUGAUCCGGCCGCUGCCCAUGGACAGCAGUGCCUAUUCCUUCACGGCCUUUGCGGGGGUCCCUGCCGUUGAGUUCUCCUUCACGGAGGAUGGCCCGGCGUACCCGUUCCUGCACACUAAGGAGGACACCUACGAGAAUCUUCACAGGGUACUGCGGGGCCGCCUGCCGGCCGUGGCCCAAGCUGUGGCCCAGCUCGCGGGGCAGCUCCUCAUCCGGCUCAGCCACGAUCACCUGCUGCCCCUCGACUUCGGCCGCUACGGGGACGUGGUCCUCAGGCACAUCGGCAGCCUCAACGAGUUCUCUGGGGACCUCAAGGCUCGCGGGCUGACCCUCCAGUGGGUGUACUCUGCGCGGGGGGACUACAUCCGGGCUGCAGAGAAGCUGCGGAAGGAGAUCUACAGCUCGGAAGAGAGCGACGAGAGGCUGACGCGCAUGUACAACGUGCGCAUCAUGCGGGUGGAGUUCUACUUCCUGUCCCAGUACGUGUCGCCGGCCGACUCCCCGUUCCGCCACAUCUUCCUGGGCCGCGGAGACCACACGCUGGGCGCCCUGCUCGAUCACGUGCGGCUGCUGCGCUCGGGCGGCUCCGGGGCCCUUGGGGCCGUCUCAUCCCAGGUGGUUCCGGGCCUGGGCUUCCAGGAGAGCCGCUUCCGUCGCCAGCUGGCCCUGCUCACCUGGACGCUGCAAGGGGCAGCCAACGCGCUGAGCGGGGACGUCUGGAACAUCGAUAACAACUUUUGAGGCCCCCACGUGGCCCUGACCCCUGCUGAGAGUACCUGCUCUUCUCCCUUGAGUGAUUUCUGGAUGAUGGAGAUGCCCGUGCACCUCCCAUUGCUGACUCAUUUCUUAUUAGCCCUUAUGGUCCCUCCAUGGGGCCCAGCGAUGACGCCAGCGCAGACACCCACACACCCCUGGCCCUGGAAUGUCGGUGAGCAGUGGGAUGGUCAUACUGUCAGAUAAUCAGAGAGCAGCUCCACUCCCUCAAUCAGAGCCCCUUCCUCUUCAGGAUCGGGGGGUUCCCCCAAUACCCAGCUAGAGACCACUUUGGAAGGUUUCAUAGGGCCUGGGACCUGGCUAGCCUUCUUGGUGGGAAAGAUGGCUGGAACCAUAGCCCCUGAUCAACGCAUAGCCUGUGGUGGGAAGGGCUGGGAUUUGGACCUCAAUAAACCACCUUGUGCCACCUGUUGUUUACAA